AUGAGAGUACCCAGCCUGAUGAGCCGUCACAGGCCAGUCAGCUUCGUACCUGGAACCCAGGGCGGGCGAAGAGCGCGCAGGCGGGGCGCUGGCUGGCUGCGCCGCAGACACAGGAGCGGAGGCCGAGGUGCCGUCGGUGCCUGGGUCAUCCUGUGGGACGGUUCGGCAGGAGAGAGCGGGAAAGCCUCAGUGCUUUUUGAAUACACGGCGUGCUGCCCCUCGGCGUGCUGCCCCGCGUCGUGCUGCCCCGCGUCGUGCUGCCCCGCGUCGUGCUGCCCCGCGUCGUGCUGCCCCGCGUCGUGCUGCCCCUCGGCGUGGUGCCCCUCGGCGUGCUGCCCCUCGGCGUGCUGCCCCUCGGCGUGCUGCCCCUCGGCGUGCUGCCCCGCGUCGUGCUGCCCCUCGGCGUGCUGCCCCGCGUCGUGCUGCCCCGCGUCGUGCUGCCCCGCGUCGUGCUGCCCCUCGGCGUGCUGCCCCUCGGCGUGCUGCCCCGCGUCGUGCUGCCCCGCGUCGUGCUGCCCCGCGUCGUGCUGCCCCUCGGCGUGCUGCCCCUCGGCGUGGUGCCCCUCGGCGUGCUGCCCCUCGGCGUGCUGCCCCUCGGCGUGCUGCCCCUCGGCGUGCUGCCCCUCGGCGUGCUGCCCCUCGGCGUGCUGCCCCGCGUCGUGCUGCCCCGCGUCGUGCUGCCCCUCGGCGUGCUGCCCCUCGGCGUGCUGCCCCGCGUCGUGCUGCCCCGCGUCGUGCUGCCCCGCGUCGUGCUGCCCCGCGUCGUGCUGCCCCGCGUCGUGCUGCCCCUCGGCGCUCCUCGAGCGAUCCGUGCUCUCCGUGCCCCUCGGCGGCUCGGCUUUCCCGAGGAAACGCACUAGCAGGCUGAGUACAGAAUCGGAUUUCAUUUGAGCCUGUGGGACUAGGGAAUUGAAAGGAAGAGAGGAAGACUUCCAUGACAGAUUGUCUGUCUUACUGUGUCUUUCAUCUAAAUCCUAAAUUUAAAUUUACCUUAAAUUUAUUUUAAGUACGAAAUCUGAUAGAUUUAGCGUACUGUGCACUUGCGAGAUCAUCUUCUGUGAGGUCAGUUGGGAUCCCUGGCAAAUCUUUUUCUGUUCCAAUAAACUGGUCCAAUUCCACCUUGAUUUUACAACUUCAUGGUUUAGUGUUUAAAGGAUAUAAUUUCAUGGCGUUGAAAGUUUAUAUAGGCAUGGCCGGAUUUGUCUUACGCCAGGGUGGGACUCCAGCCAAUAUGUUCCCUUUUUUGGCUGAUGGUAGGAGCCAUAAAAUAAUUUGAACUGGAUUUUUUUUCCUGUUUUUGAUACUAGCUUGGCAUUUUAAUACAUGUUCCUCUGUUCAUUUAUUUUGCCCUUUUAGAGUCUCUUUGUGCAGGCUAAUUUCCCUUUUGUAAUCACAGAGUUCUUCCUGUUCACCGUGUCUGAAGGAGCGCCUGUGUUAUCUCAGACGGUUGGUGUAAGACCCUCAAAGCCCCUGCCGUUACGGUGUGCCACGGGGAGCACAGGUAGGGUGAAGAUCCCGGCUAACGUGAAAUGAGACAGGGCUGAAACCCUGGUGGCUCCACACGUGUUGCUGCUGCAGCUCUCUGUAAAGCUUCGUUUCUUACGACAGGCCGUAUUUCCUUCAGCAGCCCUGUUUUGCUUCUGGACUCCGUGGCACAGCAGGCGUUCCGGCUGUUGGAUGAACUGCCCUCUCAUGGGAGGACGCUGUGGAAAUAAACUUGCCUCUGGAAAAAAAACUUUUUAUCAGUAUUUUAUACAUGAAGGGGCAAGGGUGGGACAUGCUGUGAUUCACGUGAUGUGUUAUGUGAAUAAAUAUUUUUCAAGCAAAACGAA